AUGACUACCGAUCCGAACCCCGAGAACCAGGGACCAGGCCGGCGGUCGAGCCGGCAACUGGCGCCCGAGUUCACGAUAACGCCGACGCAGCUGAGCGAGCUGCACAAUCCGAAGUCGCUCGCCGCCUACUGUGCGCUCUUUGGGCACAGCGAGAAUGGGCUGUGCGACGCGCUGAAGACCGACAAAAAAAAUGGGCUGGCGCUCGCGGACGAAGAAGUGCGCGAGACGGCGCGGUGCCGGAGGUUUGGGGCCAACCGCGUCCCGGAGCGGACCGCGCGCGGCUUCCUGCGCCUGAUGUGGGAGGCCUUCAAGGACAAGACGAUGAUCGUGCUUAUGGUUGCCGCAGUGAUAUCGUUUUCUCUGGGACUGUACGAAGCAAUUGGGCAGCCGCCGGAGCUGGACGACGACGGAACGCCGAUGGCGCAGGUUGACUAUGUCGAGGGCCUGGCUAUCAUGGCGGCGGUCGCGGUGGUGGUGCUUGUUACCGCGGCUAACGACUACCAGAAAGAACGGCAGUUUGCGCGUCUCAAUCGCAAAAAAGAAGACACGGAAGUGGUAGUGGUGCGCAAUGGGGACAAGCACGUCAUUUCGGUGCACGAUCUGCUGGUUGGCGAUCUCCUGAGCUUGCAAACUGGAGACGUCGUGCCCGUGGACUGCAUCCUCGUUGAAGGAAAGUGCGAGUGCGACGAAUCGGGGAUCACGGGCGAGUCAGAUACAAUCAAGAAGGUCUCCCUGGCGAUGUCUUUGCAGGUGUACCGCACGGUGGCUGCGGAUAACCCGUCUGCGGACAUCGGUUCGAGCGACAAUGGCCACAGCCUGGUGCCCGAUCCCAUGCUGAUAUCCGGCUCGAAACUGUUGUCGGGUAUUGGCCACGCAGUUGUCACCGCGGUUGGGCCCCACUCCGUGCAUGGGAAAAUGAUGCUGGCUUUGAAAAGCGAGCCGGAGACCACACCGCUCCAGGAGCGCCUGAAUACGCUGGCUGACGAUAUAUCGAUCUACGGAUCUGUCGCUGCAUUUCUUCUUUUCGUCGUCCUCUUUCUCAGGUUCUUGUCCUAUCUCCCAAAGGGCAGGCUAUACCACGAUUUACCCUCCGCGAGAAAGGGCUCCCGUUUUAUGGAUAUAUUUAUCACUGCCGUUACCGUGAUCGUGGUUGCUGUCCCCGAGGGCUUGCCACUGGCGGUUACAUUGGCAUUAGCAUUUGCAACCACACGCAUGACGAAAGAUGGCAAUUUAGUAAGGGUUCUCCGAGCAUGUGAAACUAUGGGAUCGGCCACGACUGUUUGCUCUGAUAAGACGGGUACCCUGACACAGAAUAAGAUGGUAGUGGUCAAAGGCUUUCUAGGUAGUUCGCAUUUUGAUGAUAUAUCGGAGGAUUCCAACUGUGCUCAGAGCGAUGCACUUCGACAGGACAUGUCGCAGCACACUUUGAAUGAUAUACUUGCUAACAUCGCUUUGAAUUCGACAGCGUUCGAGAACAAACAAGUCGCGGAUCCCGUCAUCACUGAGAAUCCAUACCAUAAGCCGCGCCGCUCAUUGUUCCCAUGGUCCAGAAACAAUAAACCUAAAUAUCCAGCUCCUAAGGAUUCCAGUGUUCAGUCUGCAGAAUUUUUCAUUGGCUCCAAAACUGAAGCAGCAUUACUUUCCCUAGCUAAGGGGUCACUGGGGUUGGAAAGCUUGCAGGCAUUAAGGGAUGACCCACACCAUAUCGGAAUUGCAUCGAUAGUCCAGAUGAUACCGUUCGAAAGUUCGCGCAAAUGGGCUGGCCUGGUUGUGAGGCUUGUUGACGGUAACUACCGUUUUUUCAUUAAGGGUGCCUCAGAGACUAUAUUUAAAAGUUGCCAUUAUAUGAGAUCGUCUAAUGAUGACGUUAUCAAAUUAUCGCCCCAGAAACAUGGGGAAAUUUUUGGGUUGAUUAAUAAUCUAGCGAGCGAUGCCUUGCGGACAAUCUCAUUAGCCCAUAAAGAUUUUACGGAUAUCUCUUCGUGGCCCCCUGCAGAGUUGCGGGAUGCUAGCGAUCCCUCAACUGCUUCUCCGGACCUGUUGCUUGGAGACGAAUAUGUACCAACGGCUACUGACCGGCCAUCUAUUAUAACCAACAAUAACAGUGGCUUGAUAUUAGAUGGUGUUGUGGGAAUUCAUGAUCCACUGCGUCCGGGGGUUAAAGAAUCUGUCAAAAAUUGCCAACAAUCCGGCGUGACAGUACGGAUGAUUACCGGCGACAAUAUAACGACGGGUAGAGCGAUAGCAAGAGCCUGUGGAAUUCUAUCCGAAUCGGAGUAUGCAGACCACGAAUGCGCCAUGGAGGGUCCGGUCUUCAGAAAGUUGAGCAGACGCCAGAUGAUGGAUGCUGCGCCAAAACUGAAGGUACUUGCGAGAUCUUCCCCAGAAGACAAGCGUAUUUUUGUUGAUAUCCUGAAGAAGAUGAAUGAGGUUGUCGCAGUAACUGGUGAUGGUACCAACGAUGCGCCAGCUUUAACAUUGGCGGAUGUCGGUUUUUCAAUGGGGAUAUCUGGAACUGGUGUGGCAAGAGAGGCUUCUGAUAUUAUCCUAAUGACAGACGACUUCACUUCAAUUGUGAAUGCAAUCAAGUGGGGCAGAUGCGUCAGCCUAUCCAUUAAGAAGUUCAUUCAGUUUCAGCUUACGGUCAAUAUAACAGCAGUGACGUUAACUUGCGUCACGGCUGUGACUUCUACCGAGGAAAAUCCCGUUCUGACUGCUGUUCAGCUAUUAUGGGUUAAUUUGAUUAUGGAUACGUUGGCUGCCCUGGCAUUGGCAACUGACAAGCCGGACCCUCAUAUUUUGGAAAGGAUACCGACAGGCCGUGACUCACCGCUAAUUGCAGUUUCUACUUGGAAGAUGAUUCUUGGUCAGGCCGUCCUGCAACUUAUCAUCGCCUUCGUUCUACAUUAUGGUGGAAGAAAGCUAUUUUAUCCACAUCAAGUACCCUUCACUGGGCGUGAUCAGAAACGCCUGGAUACGCUAACGUUUAAUACUUUUGUCUGGUUGCAGUUUUUCAAACUGAUUGUGACUCGUAAACUUGACGAGGCAGAUGGGAUUUCAGACUGGAGAAAGAGGAUUACUGCCAGAAAUCUAAACUUUUUCCAAGAUUUAGGACGCAAUUACUAUUUCUUAACGAUCUUACUUCUCAUAGGAAUAUGUCAGGUUCUAAUAAUGUGCUUCGGAGGUGCUGCAUUUUCCAUUGAGCCUUUAACUCCAGGUAUGUGGGUGACUAGUAUACUAUGUGGUAUGCUCUCAAUACCGUGGGGUGCUCUUAUCCGCAUUUGUCCCGAUGAAUGGGCGUUGAAGCUGUAUCCAAAACGCUUGAUGCAUAUUAUCCAGCAUAUCUUUGGUUUGAAAUUCUUGAGAGGCCGCAAGAAAAGCAAUAACGAAGAUAUGGAUUCGCAUAUGGAAACCUCGAAGGCAUCAGACCUUAUGGCAUAUGAGGCAUUUGAAAAGGCCCGGUCAGAGAUGCUUAACUUCAAAGAGAGUUCGAAAAGCGGAAUGGCCACAUACCUAAACCCCGUGAAUAUUAUCCGGAAAUGGUCCCACGAGUCGUCAGACUAUCAAUCCUUUGAUGACGAGCAUUCACUAAUAGCAUCUUUAACCAUGGUUCCAACGUUGGUUGGCGGAGCUGUGGGCGGUUUCUCUCAUAUAUCGACUCCUCUACUGCAAGGUUCUCCCACCAGUGCGAAAUCGUCUGCCAAGACGUAUAUUAAUAAGGACGUUUAA